AUGGCCGUUACUAAGUGCUUGGCAAGAAUGAGGACUUUGGGUAUCACCGUCGUUUGUGUAAUCCACCAACCACGCUACGCUAUCUUUAAACAGUUUACCCAUUGCCUACUACUCGGCAAGGGUGGCAAGACUGUGUAUAUUGGUAAAACUAGUCAGGUUGAGGACUACUUCGUUAGUCAUGGUUUUCGCAUCCCCAGAGGAGAGAACGUCGCCGACUGGUUCAUCGAUAUCAUCUCGGGUGCAGUUGAUCAUUAUCAACCCGAUGGCUCAGUCGAUAGGAGCUUCCAGAAGGAAGAUCUAUUUGAUUAUUGGACGGCUUAUCAAGAGCAACAGAAGGCUGAGGAGUCGCAGGUCUCUCGGCCUGUACCGAGGUUUUCCCGAACGGUAUCAGUACGCUCUCUGGGCGCCACCAAUUCAGAAGAUAGUGGAGUCUUCCAGACCGAGGAUGAGCUGACCAAUAAACUAUGUGAACUGUUGGAUACUGAGCCCGAUAGUGACCUCACACCUCAGCAAAUGUAUCGCUUGGCGAGGCUGUUUGAGAUUGAGUGUGACAUGUCUGAGGCAAAGGAGCUGUACAGAGUGUUGAAGGCCGAGCAAGGGGAAGUUACUUUCGGUUAA